AGCGAGAGCCCUCGCCCUCCCCUCCCCUCCCCUCCCCUCCCCUCGAGCGCCAAAAGUCUCGACGAUCGGGCCUCCAUUUCUGCCGAUGAAAUUGUCCUCCCCCGGCCUCAGACGAUUUUGCUCCGCGCGAGCCUGAGCUGCUUUCUUUCUUUCUUUCUUUCUUUCUUCUCGGCAGCAGCAGCAGUGCUCAGGGACGGGAGGAGUCGCGAGAGCUCGCGCGUAGAGUCGAGAAUUUGACGACAUGGCUGCUGCUGCGGCCGCUGCGACCAUUGUCGCUGCGCCCGGAGGCGCGCACAGCGUGAGGCGAGCAGCCUGCCCUCGCCAGAGAGUGUCUUCGUCGUCGUCGUCGUCGGCCUCGGCCAUCGUGUCGAGCUUCCAUGGCGUGUCCGUGUCGAGCGGCGGCUCGCUCAGCUUGUCCACCGAGGUGUCAGCGCUGCGAGCUCUCGAGAGCAAGGGCAGCAGGCGUCGUGGGCACAGGGCAUUGGUUGUGUGCAAGGCCGGACCUGAGCAGAGGCCCAUCAUCAUCGGACUCGCUGCCGAUUCCGGAUGCGGCAAGAGUACCUUCAUGCGACGUCUGACCAGCGUUUUCGGUGGUGCCGCCUCUCCCCCCAAGGGAGGCAACCCCGAUUCUAACACUCUGAUCAGCGACACCACCACUGUCAUUUGUCUCGAUGAUUACCAUUCUUUGGACAGGUAUGGCAGGAAGGAGAAGGGAGUCACCGCCCUCGACCCACGCGCCAACAAUUUUGAUCUCAUGUACGAGCAGGUUAAGGCUAUCAAGGAAGGCAAGUCCAUCGAGAAGCCAAUUUACAACCACGUCACUGGUCUUCUCGACCCCGCCGAGAAGAUCGACCCCCCGAAGAUCUUCGUCAUCGAGGGUUUGCACCCAAUGUACGAUGAGCGCGUGAGGGAUCUCCUGGACUUCAGUAUCUAUCUGGACAUCAGUGACGACGUGAAGUUUGCGUGGAAAAUUCAGCGUGACAUGGCUGAGCGUGGCCACAGCUUGGAAAGUAUCAAAGCCAGUAUUGCGGCCCGCAAGCCCGACUUCGAUGCAUACAUCGACCCCCAGAAGCAGCACGCCGACGUGGUCAUCCAGGUCCUCCCCACCCAGCUCAUCCCUGACGACAACGAGGGCAAGAUCUUGAGGGUGCGCAUGAUCAUGAAGGAAGGUGUCAAGGACUUCGAACCCGUCUACCUCUACGACGAGGGUUCCACCAUCUCCUGGAUUCCUUGCGGACGAAAGCUGACCUGCUCUUACCCUGGAAUCAAGUUCUUCUACGGCCCCGACACCUACUACGGACACGAGGUUUCCGUCCUGGAGAUGGACGGACAAUUCGACAAACUCGACGAACUUAUCUACGUGGAAAGCCAUUUGAGCAACAUCUCAACCAAAUUCUACGGAGAGAUCACCCAACAGAUGCUGAAGCACGCCGACUUCCCAGGAAGCAACAACGGAACCGGUCUAUUCCAAACCAUCGUAGGUCUGAAGAUUAGGGACGUGUUCGAGAGGAUCGUCGCUAGAGAGGCCGCAUCGCUGGAGUCCGCCAAGGUGUAAUGUAAAGUCACCGUCUUUGAUUUGAAAUUGUACAAUCACCAGUAUGGUUUAGUAUGAUCAAUAUCGACGGGUACUGGUUCACGUUAGUAGUUCUCGCUGAGAUGUUCGAAGUAUCAAAUCUCUCUGUUCCUGAGAUCAAAUUUUGGGAAGCUGUAUUUGAGCAUUGUCCGUACUCCUUAGUAAGAUUUGGAUUGAGGAACUGCGAGUGAACUGGCUCAUCUGCAGGCCAAUUGUACAACUUAUUCUUACCUGGUACAACCCGGUGCCCCUUUCUCUUAAGAAAAAUAUUGUAAAUCAAGUCACGUUUUAGAUCUUUCUGGCUUGAUAUUUC